GAAGAUUGAAAUAUCAAUUUCAAGGCGUGCUGUACCCUCAAGAUCUUCUUGGUCUUGUUAGGGCGCAGGAGACCUUGCUGUCCUGUGCACUGCCCAGGAGCUGCAGAGCAUCUGAGCAGCUCACCUGGCCUCUUAAGCAGUCCAUGAGCGAGACAUUCUGAUAUCAAAUGCUUCGUAUUGCUUCCCUCCUCCUUUCGCGGCGAGGAAGCAGCAGCCGUGCAUGUUCCCUGUCCACCUUAGCUAGGCCAUGUGUUCAGGACAUGUGUUCAGUGGAGCAGAACCCCGCAAAUGCGCCUGGCGACGGUGUUUGCAAGAUUAGGGGGAGGCAAUUGUGGCAGAAUGGUCGGGAUUUCACGGGAAGUUGGGACAGCAGCAUCUUGCAGAUGCCGUUUGACCCUUCACCAUCAAUCAUCGGUAGGGAGCUGCUGGGGCCACAGCUGGGCCGCACAGUGACGCAGGGCUUUCCAGACUUCGAUCCUGUGGCCUACCUGGACCGCGCAUGCGCCGAAGCCCAGGUUGCACAAGACAUCGUCCUCAGUGACUCCUCACCGCUGCCAGAGGAGCUGCAGGCUUCACUAUUCGAGCACAGCUUUGAGAUCCCUAUUCACAUAGAAUCAUUUGCGCCUCCUUCCUUCGCUGGGGCGCAGAGCAUCAAUGUUAAACUAGGGGAACACUCGUCAGGGGAAGGGGGUGUUGACCAAGGCAGAGACUUGCGCGAUGCGAUGGCCACGACACUUGUCACAGAAGUGCUCUUCAGGGAGGGAGGCAACAACAAGCAAUACCUUGAUGAGGUGAAGCAGAUGGGGCUGAAGAAGUUCAUGGAAAAGGUAUACAAGAAAGCUGCCAUGGUGGAAAAAGUCUACAUGGUCCAGUCCAAGUUUGGAGAUAAGCUGCCCAAUCCCUGCACAGCAAAAGACAUGAUCGCCGUCCUGAAGGCUGAGCCGCCAAGCGAUGAAGUGAUGUCACUGAUUGAAGGACUUGAGGCCGCUAUCUUGGAAGAUAAGGAGGACAGAGCGCAGACGGAUGGCAGCAUGCACAUGCAGAAGCGGACGUAUCAGCCCAGCAACCGCGUGCGUAAGAACAGGCAUGGGUUUCUUAACAGGCUGAGAAACAGAAAUGGCCGCAAGGUUAUUGCGCGGCGCAGAGCCAAGGGGCGCCACCGCGUGACAGCCUGAGAGGGUCUCUAGCAGCAGUCAGCUGAUGUACCAUAUGCAGAGACAAGGCCGUUCAAGGCUAUAAGACAAGCGUGUUGAAUUCGUUAUUUUCAUUGGCAACCAGAGUGAUAAUUUUUGUGGGUGCUGAGUAGAACUUUAUGUCACUGAUCUUGGAUAAGUUUGAAAUCAUGGCUUGUUGGUACGAAGGCCACUGUAAAAUAUGACAAGC